UAUUUGAUGGUUUUGUUGCUUCGCUCGGGAGUUCUCGGGAGUAAUUGAAUGCCGAAGGUCGCUGCCUAGUGGAGAUAAUAUAGCUGCCUGCUGUUUCCCGGGGAGAUCAUGAAACGAGGUCGCCUUCCCAGCAGCAGUGAGGAUUCUGACGACAAUGGCAGUCUGUCAACUACUUGGUCCCAGAGUUCCAGACCCCAGCACAGGAGCAGCUCGUGCUCCCGCCAUGAAGACCGAAAGCCUUCAGAGGUGUUUAGGACAGACCUGAUCACCGCUAUGAAGCUGCAUGACUCCUACCAGCUGAACCCAGAUGAGUACUAUGUGCUGGCAGACCCCUGGAGGCAGGAGUGGGAGAAAGGGGUCCAGGUGCCAGUGAGCCCCGGGACCAUCCCGCAGCCUGUGGCCAGUAGGGUUGUGUCUGAAGAGAAGUCCCUCAUGUUCAUCAGGCCCAAGAACUACAUCGUCUCAUCGGGAUCCGAGCCUCCGGAGCUGGGCUACGUGGACAUCCGAGCACUGGCUGACGGCGUGUGUCGUUACGACCUCAAUGACAUGGACGCCGCGUGGCUGGAACUGACCAAUGAAGAAUUUAAGGAGAUGGGAAUGCCUGAGCUGGAUGAAUACACCAUGGAAAGGGUUCUGGAAGAAUUUGAACAGCGGUGCUACGACAAUAUGAACCACGCUAUCGAGACGGAAGAAGGGCUGGGGAUUGAGUAUGACGAAGAUGUUGUCUGCGAUGUCUGCCAGUCGCCUGACGGUGAGGACGGCAACGAGAUGGUGUUCUGCGACAAAUGCAACAUCUGCGUGCACCAGGCCUGUUAUGGAAUCCUCAAGGUGCCGGAGGGUAGCUGGCUGUGCCGGACCUGUGCCCUGGGGGUGCAGCCCAAGUGCUUGCUGUGUCCCAAGAAAGGGGGAGCAAUGAAGCCGACCCGCAGUGGGACCAAAUGGGUCCACGUCAGCUGCGCUCUGUGGAUCCCCGAGGUGAGCAUUGGCAGCCCCGAGAAGAUGGAGCCCAUCACCAAGGUGUCCCACAUCCCCAGCAGCCGGUGGGCGCUCGUGUGCAGCCUCUGCAGUGAGAAGUUUGGGGCCUCCAUACAGUGCUCCGUGAAGAACUGCCGCACAGCCUUCCAUGUGACCUGUGCUUUUGACCGUGGCCUGGAGAUGAAGACCAUCUUGGCAGAGAAUGACGAAGUCAAGUUCAAGUCCUACUGCCCGAAGCACAGCUCACACAGGAAACCCGAGGAGGGUCGGGGCGAGGGGGCUGCUCAAGAGAACGGGGCCCCUGAGUGUUCCCCCCGGAACUCUCUGGAGCCCUUUGCCAGCCUGGAGCAGAAUCGGGAGGAGGCCCACCGGGUGAGUGUUCGUAAGCAGAAGCUGCAGCAGCUGGAGGACGAGUUCUACACCUUCGUCAACCUGCUGGAUGUCGCCCACGCUCUGCGGCUGCCCGAGGAAGUGGUGGAUUUCCUAUACCAGUACUGGAAGUUGAAGAGGAAGGUCAACUUCAACAAGCCCCUGAUCACUCCAAAGAAAGACGAAGAGGACAAUCUAGCGAAGCGGGAGCAGGAUGUCUUGUUUAGGAGGCUGCAGCUGUUCACUCACUUGCGGCAGGACCUGGAGAGGGUUCGGAACCUCACUUACAUGGUGACUCGCAGGGAAAAGAUUAAACGCUCUGUGUGCAAAAUCCAGGAACAGAUAUUCAAUCUUUACACUAAGCUCUUGGAGCAAGAAAAAAUUUCAGGUGUGCCUUCUUCCUCCUGCUCCUCUUCCUCACUGGAAAGCAUGCUUCUGUUUAACAGUGCUUCUGUGGGUCCCGAUGCUCCCAAGAUUGAAGACUUGAGGUGGCAUUCUGCCUUCUUCAGGAGACAAAUGGGUACUUCUUUGGUUCACUCGCUGAAAAAGUCCCACAAGCGCGAUCCCUUGCAGAAUAGCGCUGGGAGCGAAGGCAAAACUCUGCUCAAGCAGCCAGACCUCUGUGGAAGACGGGACGGGGUGGUGGGCCCCGAGAGCUUUUUGAGUUUUGAAAAGAGCUUUGCAGAAGCACGUAUCAUAGCAGCACAACAGAAAAACGGUGUGGUGAUGCCAGACCACGGGAAAAGAAGAGACGGUCGAUUUCAUUGUAAUCUCGCAAAGGGAGAUUUAAAGGACAGACCAUUUAAACAGAGCCACAAGCCUCUCAGGUCCACAGAUAUGUCCCAGAGGCAUCCGGACAACACACGAACCGCCUCGCCGGGAGUGGGGCAGUUGGCGCCCAGCGCCAGGAAGGACGUAGUGCCCAAGUGUAACGGCUCCUUAAUCAAAGUAAACUAUAACCAUACUGCAGUCAAAGUGCCUACAACGCCUGCCAGCCCAGGGAAGAACUGGGGCGGAUUCCGGAUUCCAAAGAAGGGGGAGCGGCAGCAGCAGGGGGACGCCCACGAGGGCGCCUGCCACCAGCACUCAGACUACCCAUACUUGGGCUUAGGGCGAGUUCCAGCCAAGGAAAGGGCAAAAAGCAAAUUAAAGCCCGACCGUGAGAACGACGGGUAUGUCCCUGAUGCAGAAAUGAGUGACUCGGAGAGUGAGGCGUCCGAAAAGAAAUGUAUGCAUGCCCGCAGCACUAUGAGCACCAGGACAGACAUCAUCAGGAGGAGCAUCUUGGCAUCGUGAUGGUGCAGCGCAAGCACUGGGGCUUGUUGUCGGGUUUGCGAGAGGAGGCCGCUGAUGCCAUGGGCACGCAGAAAUCCACCCGCUACUCCUGAGCGACACAAACACAUUUACUUGCAAUUCAGACCGGUUCCCACCCCCCCAUCAUUUAUACACCAUUAUGCGAUAUUUGUGUUAUUAGCAACCAGUUAGGAAACAGGAGAGUAGAUUGUAACUGUAAGACCCUGCUUGGACUGGAACCUGAACUCAACACUAAAAUGAGAAUGAAUGAAUGACAUACGUUCUAAAGAGGGCAAGGCUUCUAAGCCCAGCGAGUUUUUAUUGCCCUCUGGAGUCUUCCCAAAGCACAAACUAUUAGUUAACCUGAAUGUGUAUGGUUUCGAACAUGGUUGUUGAGAAACCCUCAUGGCAUCAUUCAAUAGCCCAUACAACUUAUAUUCUAGGACUGACUGUGGUCAAGCCUGAGAUCAUAUGUAUACUUUGCCCCCAGGAGGCUGGUUUUGUUACGUUACAGUGCACAGGCAGCAGCUCUGAAGCUUCAGUAACUCUUGGAAAUUUCUUGUGUAAAUAUAGCAGAUGGGGAAGGGCAACAAAAGAAAUAGCCCUGACGGGAAGAGCAGAAGGGGCCAGGAUAGAGCUGGUGCAGUGAGGAGAACGAGAGUACCUGUAACGCACGGUCCCUCGAGUGGGUGCGGGUAGAGGACUGGAGAGGAGGGAAGCCACAAGCAGCUCUGUCUAGGAGGGAGCGGAAAGCUGAGGCUCAAUCUUUACCAGGCUUCUCGACUUUCCUCCUCUUUAUCCACUGCCCCUUGGGCCAACUUGGAAUUUCUCUGGCCAUUGGAAAUACCCAGCCAACUGGCUUCCAACAACACAAUGGCUAUUCAAGAUCAAGUGAUGAAAUUCCCGAGUCUGGUGACUCAGAUUUCCCAGAGCCAACCACUAGUGCAUGUGUAGGGGAAUCUGGGCUUCCGACAUGAAUGGAGUCUUUUUAAGGAAAGAAAACAAAAUAAAGUCGGGGAAAAAAAAGUAGGUUGUAUUUGAAAAACAAUAGAAAGGCAAUAAGUUGCGAUAAGCUCUAAUCAUUGACCAGAUUAUGCAGGAGAGAGAUUGAAGCCUACCUUGGAAUAAAUUUUCUGGUGACAGAGAUCUAAGUGCUUAUUCAUAACUGAGACUUUCUCGUUGUAAAUGGCAAUAACUAGUAAGUGAUCAGCAAUAAUAAAUUCAGCAUUAAAUUUGAGUAUAAUGUUAUGUUUUUGCACUCAUUGUAGUGCAUAUGUAUUAAGACAGUGGAUGGUGUUAAGGUCCUGUUAAUUUUCUUUGGCAUUCAAUGUAGUUGUGGAUCAAAUUUAAGAAAGCUCUAUAACAAUGAGAUUUAGAGUUAUGGGCACUUGGAACAAGCCCAACUUCCCCUAAACUACCCCUUAGUUUGUUAAUAUCGGUAUUCAGAUCCCGAUUCAGUUAUACAUCUGUUUUCAUAUGGCAGGGACAUUCUGAUACUUAAUAAUAAUGCUUGAGUUCUGUAGUUAACUUUCAAGUCUUCCAGAUGAUUGUUAACAACAAAAAAAGGUGUAUUGAAUUCCAUCUUGCUAUGCAAGUUUUAUCAGAUGAUCAAAUAGUAGAUCUGACGCGUCCCCAUUGUAUGUAUGGCAUUUUCAGCGCAAGUCUUCACUUUUGGAGUACGUUUUAGUAGCUAAUUCAGGGGAGGGGAAAGAAUGACCCGGGUCUUUAGAUGGACUAUUUUUGAGAGACGGGGCUCAUUUUGGAAGACUGCUGUCCAGAUAAGCUUGUUGCUGCCGAGAUUAGAAGGUUCUUAUCAGUCCAGGUUGUGCAUUCACUCACAGCCUGAUUUAAAACUCAGACUUUGCUCUUUGCAUAUGAGCAAAACUCUGGCUGGAUUCAGGAGAAAGUGGGUUCUUAUCUACAGUUAUCUUUUGACUACAGCAACAGCUCUGGGUGAGGAGGAUUUAUAGAGGAGAAUUUGUCAAGCCAUAGAAAGAAAGUCUAAAUUAAUUCUAGUAAAUAUAUGACCUCUCACCAUUUUAAGAGGUCUCAGUUCAUUUGCACUAUUAGGAAUGCUAGUUUUGUGCAAAAAAAUAAAAUAAAAUAAAUGCCUUACCUGUUUUUCCCCCACAUUUAGGUUGAAAAGCUUUCAAACGUUCCAAGUUAUGCUGAACCAAAAAAAACCCCCAAAACCACAAAAAAACAAACAAUAAUAAAAACCCAUACAGAAACAACACAUACACGCGCGCACAAACACACACUAAAAAGCCCACACUUUAUUCCUGCUUGAAAUGCAAAUGGUGUAGAGCACGGUUUCUCUGACAGGCUAAUGAUAGCUUUGUGAGGCAGUCUCAUGCCACGUUGGGGACUCUGUGAGGUUGGCCACCAGCAGCAACCAGCUCAGCCUACCCACCGGCGUGCUGUUAGUAUGCAACCAUUUGCUUUGUUUUUUUCCCCCUUCCCCCCACUCCCUUUAACUUUAUCUUUCCUUGUGCAUCCUGACCAAGAAAUAACUUUGAUGAUGAUCAAUGUAUUAUGUCAAAAUGUAGGCUAGUUAAACUUUUGUAAAGUUGCCUGGAAUGUCAUUUGUUAGGUUAUAAACACACAAUUUAAAUGAAGGGUUAUAUGUGUUGUGUACAAAUUUUAAUUAUUUUGAAAUGGACAAACUUGUCAUUACAUUUGUAACCUUGUACAGAGGAUUUUUCACUAUGUGCCUAGCUUGGUGUCCAUUCAGCUAAAAUUGAAAAAAAAAGGUGCAUGAAGAGUUAAAAAUCAAAAAUUAAACAAAGUAUAUGUAGAGAUGACUAUUUUAUAUUACAUGGCCCAAUCCUGUAUUUAUUUCUAUCCUCUUUUUGAAAGUAUUUAUAAAACUAGUUGAGGACAGCGGUAUUUUUUUGUUGAACUAUUUAGUAGAAUUUGUGCCUUUUUGUCUGUAUGUGAAUAAAUGCUGUACAUUUUGCAAUACA